AUGGUUGCACGCAAUCGUAGCCAGCGAAAGCUGACUGCUUUCACAGCACUUCUUUGCGCCACUUCGGCCAUGGCAUCCGCCAUCUUCGCUCCAUCCCCAGGAAAUGCCAAGCUGAACAUUAUCACAGCACGCCAGUCUUCACCAGAGGUCUUGCCAUACCGUAAUGCAUCGCUAUCGGUUGAUGAGCGCGUCGAAGAUCUCAUCCAACGGAUGAACCUCGACGAGAAAGUAGGCCAGCUUUUUCACAACAUCAUCACCCAAGGACCAAAUGGCACCAUAACAAACACCACAGCCCCGGCUGUCAGUGAAAAGCUCAUGACACAUUUCAAUCUCAACGGACCCAUCUCGGAUGUACGUGCAACAGCAAUGUGGCACAAUACUUUGCAAAAAAUGGCAGCCGAUACUCGACUAGGCAUCCCUAUCACAGUCUCGUCAGAUCCUCGUCACGCUUUCAAGUCCGCCGAUGGUAGUCAGAUCGCAGCGACUCGAUUCUCGGCAUGGCCAGAGAGCAUUGGGCUUGCAGCACUGCGUGACCCUGAUACUAUUCGUGCUUUUGCUGAAAUUGCACGUCAAGAGUACUUCGCCGUUGGUAUUCGGUCUGCCCUGCAUCCCCAAAUUGACGUCGCUACUGAGCCUCGCUGGGCCAGAAUUGGUGGCACAAUGGGUGAAGAUGCGUACUUGACUGCCAAGUUGGUCGUUGAAUAUAUCAGGGGGUUCACUGGCCCCGAUGGUUUUGGAAAGACUUCCGUUACGACGGUAACAAAGCAUUUCCCCGGCAGUGGACCGGUGCAGGAUGGCGAGGACAGUCACUUUACUUACGGAAAGAACGCGACCUACCCUGGCCACAAUUUUGAGUACCACCUCAUUCCAUUCAAGGCUGCUAUCGCUGCUGGAACCCGUCAGAUGAUGCCAUACUACUCGCGACCAGUGGGCACUAGCCUAGAGGAGGUUGCUGCUGGACUCAACAGAGACAUUGUAACUGACCUUCUCCGUGAGAAACUCGGGUUCGAUGGUAUCGUCGUUUCUGAUUGGGGUCUCAUCACCGAUGCCAUCAUCGCCGGCCAAGAUAUGCCAGCUCGUGCAUGGGGCGUUGAGAAUCUGUCUGAACUCGAAAGAGCAGAGAAGAUCCUGAACGCUGGCACUGACCAGAUCGGAGGUGAAGAACGUACAGACCUCAUCAUCGAACUCGUGAACAAAGGCAUGAUCAGCAUGGAGCGCAUCGACAUCUCCGUCCGCCGUCUUCUCCGCGAAAAGUUCCUCCUCGGCCUGUUCGACAACCCAUACGUUGAUGUUGAUGCUGCUGUCCAGAAUGUCGGACGGCCGGAAUGGGUGCGUCUAGGGUACGAGACACAACGCAGGUCUUUUACUCUUCUCACGAACGACAACGAUACCCUCCCUUUGAGGCCAGCACCGGGCGCCAAGUUUUACAUUGAAGGUUUCAACUCGACCUUCCUCGAGAAACGCAACAUGACCGUCGUGGCCACACCCGCCGAAGCCGACUACGCCUUCCUUCACCUCAACGCACCAUAUGAGCCCCGUCCCGGUGGCUUCGAGCGCAACUACCACUCCGGCAGCCUGGAAUUCAACGCAACUGAGAAGGCACGCCAGGCUGCCAUUUACUCCGCCGUUCCCACCAUUGUCAACAUGUACCUCGAUCGACCUGCGGCCGUACCCGAGAUUGCAGAGCAAGCAGCCGCAUUCAUGGUAAACUAUGGGGCCAGUACGGACGCUUUCUUGGACGUAGUCUUCAGCGUUGAGGGGGCGGGUCCUGAGGGACUGCUCCCAUAUGACUUGCCAAGAAGUGAUGAGGCAGUUGCAGAGAACAUGGAGGACGUGCCGUUUGAUACCAAAGAUCCUGUCUUUAGGUUUGGACAUGGUUUGAGGUAUAAAGUAGGAUAUUUGGAUUGA